GAUGUGAAGUGCAGUGUGGCGGAUCGCUCCGCGUGUUUCUCAUGUUUGGUUUGGCAUAUUGAGAUUUUUUAAUCUGAGUUAGCGCUUUAAAAUCUGCAGAAAUGGUGAAGGAGCAGUUCAGGGAGACGGAUGUGGCCAAAAAGAUAAGCCACAUCUGUUUUGGUAUGAAGUCUGCAGAGCAGAUGCGUCAGCAGGCUCAUAUCCAGGUGGUCAGUAAGAACCUGUACAGUCAGGACACCAGCCACACGCCACUGUCCUAUGGAGUGCUGGACCACCGCAUGGGCACUAGCGAGAAGGACCGCCCAUGUGAGACCUGUGGAAAGAAUCUGGCUGACUGUCUCGGCCACUAUGGGUACCUGGAUCUAGAGCUGCCCUGCUUCCAUAUCGGAUAUUUUAAAGCCACAAUAGGGAUCCUGCAGAUGAUCUGUAAGACGUGUUCUCGGAUCAUGCUGAGUAAGGAGGAGAGGCAGCAGUUUUUGGAUUAUCUGCGCCGGCCUGGACUCGCCUAUCUGCAGAAACGAGGUCUGAAGAAGAAGAUCUCUGACAAGUGCAGGAAGAAAAAUGUCUGCUUAUACUGCAGCGCCUUCAAUGGUCCGGUAAAGAAGUGUGGUCUACUGAAGAUCAUCCAUGAGAAGUAUAAGACCACCAAGAAGGUGGUGGACCCCAUCGUCUCUGAUUUCCUUCAGUCUUUUGACAUUGCUAUUGAACACAACAAGGAGGUGGAGUCACUCCUGAGCAGGGCACAGGAGAAUCUCAACCCACUGGUGGUUCUGAAUCUGUUCCGGAGGAUUCCUAAUGAAGACGUUCCUCUGCUGCUGAUGAACCCUGAGGCGGGUAAACCUGCUGACCUCAUUCUGACCCGCCUCCUUGUCCCACCCCUCUGUAUCCGGCCUUCAGUCGUCAGUGACCUCAAAUCAGGCACUAAUGAGGACGACCUCACGAUGAAGCUCACAGAGAUCAUCUUCCUCAAUGACGUCAUCAAGAAGCACCGUAUGUCGGGGGCUAAGACACAGAUGAUAAUGGAGGACUGGGAUUUCCUGCAGCUGCAGUGCGCUCUCUACAUCAACAGCGAACUGUCCGGCAUCCCCCUCAACAUGGCCCCCAAGAAAUGGACGCGAGGCUUCGUACAGAGGCUGAAGGGAAAACAAGGUCGGUUUCGUGGCAAUCUGUCUGGAAAGAGAGUGGAUUUCUCUGGACGAACGGUCAUCUCUCCAGACCCGAAUCUGAGGAUUGAUGAAGUGGCUGUACCAGUUCAUGUGGCCAAAAUCCUCACAUACCCGGAGAAGGUAAAUAAAGCUAAUAUUGAGCUGAUGAGGAAGCUGGUGAAGAACGGUCCAGAUGUUCAUCCUGGCGCUAACUUCAUCCAGCAGAGACACAUGCAGAUGAAGAGGUUUCUGAAGUACGGGAACCGGGAGAAGAUGGCUCAGGAGCUGAAGCUGGGCGAUGUGGUGGAGAGGCACAUGAUCGACGGAGACAUCGUCCUCUUCAACCGACAACCCUCCCUGCACAAACUCAGCAUCAUGGCCCACAUUGCUCGUGUGAAGCCCCACAGGACGUUCCGCUUUAAUGAAUGUGUGUGUACGCCAUAUAAUGCUGACUUUGAUGGAGAUGAGAUGAACCUUCACCUGCCGCAGACUGAGGAGGCCAAGGCUGAGGCGCUCGUCCUCAUGGGGACGAAGGCUAACCUGGUGACCCCAAGAAACGGUGAACCUCUGAUCGCUGCUAUUCAGGAUUUUCUGACAGGUGCGUAUCUGCUCACUCUGAAGGACACUUUCUUCGACCGAGCGAAGGCCUGCCAGAUUGUUGCAUCAAUUUUGGUGGGAAAAGAUGAAAAAAUCAAAGUAACUCUUCCUCGCCCAGCCAUCAUCAAGCCGAUGCGUUUAUGGACGGGGAAACAGAUCUUCAGUCUGAUCCUGAAGCCCAGCCAGAGCUGCCCUGUUAAAGCCAACCUGCGGACCAAAGGAAAACAGUACUGUGGUAAAGGAGAGGACCUGUGUUCCAAUGACUCCUUUGUGGUGAUCCAGAACAGUGAGCUGCUCUGUGGCAGUUUGGAUAAAGGCACUCUGGGUUCUGGAUCCAAGAACAAUAUCUUCUACAUCCUGCUGAGGGACUGGGGACAGCUGGAGGCUGCCAACGCCAUGAGCCGCCUUGCCAGGCUCGCACCUGUUUACCUGUCUAAUCGUGGGUUCUCCAUUGGUAUUGGUGAUGUGACUCCCGGUCAGGGUCUGCUGAAGGCCAAGCAGGAGCUGCUGGAUGCUGGAUAUAAGAAGUGUGACGAGUACAUUGAGGCUUUAAACACAGGGAAGCUGCAGCAGCAGCCGGGCUGCACUGCUGAGGAAACUCUGGAGGCACUGAUCCUGAGGGAGCUGUCGGUGAUCAGAGAUCAUGCUGGCAGUGCGUGUCUGAGGGAGCUGGAUAAGAGUAACAGUCCACUGAUCAUGGCGCUGUGUGGAUCUAAAGGUUCUUUCAUUAAUAUCUCUCAGAUGAUCGCGUGUGUGGGUCAGCAGGCCAUCAGUGGGUCUCGUGUUCCGGACGGGUUUGAGAAUCGCUCGCUGCCACACUUUGAGAAGCACUCCAAACUUCCUGCAGCGAAGGGUUUUGUAGCAGACAGUUUCUAUUCCGGUUUGACCCCCACUGAGUUUUUCUUCCACACCAUGGCCGGCAGAGAAGGGCUGGUGGACACAGCCGUCAAAACAGCCGAGACUGGAUACAUGCAGAGGCGUCUGGUGAAGUCUCUGGAGGACCUGUGCUCCCAGUAUGACCUCACGGUCCGCAGCUCCACUGGAGAUAUCAUCCAGUUCAUCUACGGUGGGGACGGCCUGGACCCUGCAGCCAUGGAGGGCAAAGACGAACCACUGGAGUUCAAGAGAGUGCUGGAUAAUAUCAGAGCGGUCUACACGUGUCCUAAUGAACCGGCUCUGAGUAAGAAUGAGUUGGUUCUGACUACGGAUUCCAUCAUGAAGAGGACCGACUUCGCCUGCUGCAGAGACACCUUUCUCCAGGAGAUUAAGAAGUUCAUCAGUGGCGUCUCAGAGAAAAUCAAAAAGACCAGAGAUAAAUAUGGAAUAAAUGACAACGGAUCAACAGAGCCUAAAGUUUUGUACCAGCUGGACAGGAUCACUCCGACCCAGCUGGAGAAGUUUCUGGAAACGUGCAGAGACAAGUACAUGAGGGCCCAGAUGGAGCCGGGUUCAGCUGUAGGUGCUCUGUGUGCUCAGAGUAUUGGAGAACCAGGCACUCAGAUGACCCUGAAAACGUUCCACUUCGCUGGUGUCGCUUCCAUGAACAUCACUCUGGGAGUUCCUCGCAUUAAGGAGAUCAUCAACGCGUCCAAAAACAUCAGCACCCCUAUUAUUACUGCUCACCUUGAUACGGAGGAUGAUGCAGACUUUGCUCGGCUGGUGAAGGGCAGGAUUGAGAAGACACUGCUUGGGGAGAUUUCAGAGUAUAUAGAUGAAGUGUUUCUGCCGGAUGACUGCUUUAUACUGGUGAAGCUUUCACUCGAGAGGAUCCGCCUCCUUCGACUAGAGGUGAAUGCGGAGACGGUGCGGUACUCCAUCUGUAUGUCGAAGCUGAGGGUGAAGCCGGGGGAUAUAGCGGUUCAUGGUGAAGCGGUGGUCUGUGUGUCUCCCAGAGAGAACAGCAAGAGCUCCAUGUACUACGUCCUUCAGUGGCUCAAACAGGAACUGCCCAAGGUGGUUGUGCAGGGUAUCCCUGAGGUUGCCCGAGCCGUGAUUCACAUUGAUGACCAGAGCGGCAGGCAGAAGUUCAAACUGCUGGUGGAGGGGGAUAACCUGCGUGCGGUCAUGGCAACCCACGGCGUCAAUGGCAGCCGAACUACAUCCAAUAACACAUACGAGGUGGAGAAAACUUUAGGUAUCGAGGCUGCUCGGACCACCAUCAUCAAUGAGAUCCAGUACACCAUGGUGAAUCACGGCAUGAGCAUCGAUCGCAGACACGUCAUGCUGCUGGCCGACCUCAUGUCCUACAAAGGGGAGAUCCUGGGCAUCACGCGUUUUGGCCUGGCGAAGAUGAAGGAGAGCGUUCUGAUGUUGGCGUCGUUUGAGAAGACGGCUGAUCAUCUGUUCGACGCAGCGUAUUUCGGGCAGAAGGACUCAGUGUGUGGUGUGUCGGAGUGUAUUAUAAUGGGCAUUCCAAUGAACAUUGGCACAGGGCUGUUUAAAUUAUUACACAGAGCAGAUAAAGACCCCACACCCCCUCGGAGACCCCUGCUGUUCGACAGCCCAGACUUUCACAUCUCACUGGCCUCGUAACACACACACACACACACACACACACACACACACACUGUGAUGCUCUUCAGUGGGUUGGUGGAGCAUUGUGCGGCUGCAGAGUGUGUGCUACAGUGUGAGCACUGAUGCGGUUUACAGCAGCUUUGAGUUUUUUGUUUUUAUAUAUAUAUAUAUAUAUAUUAUUAUGAAAAGAACCUCACAGUUCAAAGUUUACAGAGAGCACAGGGACUAGUGUAUGUAUUGAAUACGUAUGUACUGAGAGUUUUGGUUGGCACUGUUUUGGGGGUUUAAUCUGAGUGUAUUGAAGAAUUCCUGUGAAAAUGCUUCAGUUCUCUUUGCUGGAAGGAAUCUCCACCCACUGUUCUGAGUUCAGUGAAUGGCUUCUGCUUUAUUCACCCCUGUUGGGCUGAAGUGAUUGAACUCAAACCCGAGGAGGUUUAAUAUAUUCUUUAAUAUCAUUUAUUGAACGGUUUUGUUCUGAUUUGCCUUAAAAUACACUCUAAAAAACAAAGUUUCCUAAAGGGUUCUUGAGAGCGAAGUCACUGAAAAGCCAAUACAAAGAACUGCUUAACCAGCCAACCUUUCUCUGAAAAAAAGAUCGGAAGAAUCGGUUUUAAAGAACCUUCACAUGCUGUAAAGAUUCUAUACCUUAAAUGGAAGUUCUUUAAAAAUGUUAUAUAUGAGUAAUCUUUUCACAUAAAGGUUUCUUAGCAAGCUUCGUUUAAUACAGUCUUCACAUCGUAUUUACAGAAGUGGUUCUGGAAAAAAUGUCACUUUAGAACCACUAUUGGGUCUGUUGGAUAAGUUGAGUGUGAAUAACCUUUUUUAAAAGAAGUUCCAUAUACCUUAAAUAUUCCAUACCAAAGGUUUUUCUAGAACCUUUAUUUAGGAAAAUAGAACUUUCUGAACUUAAAAAAAUAAAAACGGACUUUUGUUGGGUGCACUCGAAAGACGAGAGUAAAAGAAAAUUAGGAACCUCUACAUGCUGUAAAGAUUCUGUAUGAAUUCUAAAGCAUCUUUUUUUAGAACCUGUAUGCUCUGCUAUUUGAAGGGUUUAAAUGGUUAUUUGCAUUCAUAUCUCAUUCACAGAACAGGUUCCUAAAGGGACACUAGAGAAGAGCUGCUGUUUGCUAAAUUAAUUGUGCCAUGGAUGAGAUGUGGAGGGUCUUUUUAAAUGGCCUUCAUGUUCUCGGUGUAGGUUUUGCAGCAAAUACAAUACAGGGGUUACGAUACAUUAUAUCAGUAUAAUACAUUGAUGCUGUAACCCAGGCAAAAUAUUGCUACUUAGUAAAUUUCAAAUGUAGUAUAUAAUAUAAAAAACAAGACAAAAAGUUGACACUUUAUCCAGUCAGAACAGUGAGAUCUAAUGGCAUAGUAUAACACUGCAGUCUAGGGGGCGGAGUUUAAUCACAGCAAAAAACGAAAUACUGUAUUUUUCGCACUAUAAGGCACACCGGAUCUGUUUAUUUGGGUAAGUAAAGCGCUUCAAUGUAUUUACAGUAAUGCUAAUGCUGCUCCAGCAAUGCUAGCCAGGGUUAGCAGCAGGGUACAAGCCGAUAAUACUAACCUCUGAACGGCAAAAUAGUGGUCAGCGGCUAAUGCUAAUCUUGCUCUAGUCUCGGUGCUGGAGAACUAAACUAAAACUCCUGUAUAAAACUGUACUUCAGCAGAGUGGCUUUACUGCUCCUUACAACCUGACUGGCAAAAUUCAUACAUAAAACGCACUGGAUUAAAAGGCGCAUUGACGAUAUUUUAAAAAAUUUAAGGAUUUAGGUGCACCUUUAUAGGGCGAAAAAUGCGAUAAACUGACAAAAUAUUAUUUACAUUUAAUCUAAUAAUUACAAAUCGAUACUCUGUUUUCUACCCCUCUAUUUUAGAUACCAUACCAUAGCAUCCAUCCAGUUAACCAUUGCAAUGCCAUCAUAGCCACCCAGCAACUCCAAAGUAAGCACUAAGAAUACCAUAGCAACCACCUAGAGCAACCUAACAACUAGCAUCUGGCAAAUACAGUGGUUCAUUUUAAAGAACCUACACAUCUCACAUCAUCUGUAUGUGUUCUAUAUAUGCUUUUUCCUGGACCUUCUAUAAAAGAGCAGUCCGUUAAAAAAAAAUUCUUCUCUAGAGAACCCUUUAAGCUCUUUUGUGUUUGAGUGUACAGUGCUGUAAGUGUACGUUUUAUGUACUGUAUAUAUGUAUUAAACAUAAAUAAACGUAUGUAUUGAA